AUGCCUUCCAUUACACACUCCGUCGAUGUGCCUUCCAUCACGGCUGACCAGUGGCUUGAAGCUGCGGCUUACCGUCGGAGUGUUCAUGGCUUAGCAGGAUCCUCCAUGGUGUCGGAUGAACGCGUCCAAGAGAUUGUCUCCAAAGUCCUUUUAUUCGCUCCCUCGUCUUACAAUACCCAGCCUGUGCGCAUUUCGCUUGCUUUCGGGGAGAAGCACAAGGAGCUUUGGAGCAUUAUCCUCAGGGAGGCUGAGCCGAUCCUCAAGUCGAUCAAUCCAGACCUCUGGCAAAAAUUGGGUCCCGCUUUCCAGGGUCAUAAGGCUGCAUAUGGAUCCGUACUCUUCUGGGAGCGUGAACAGACCAGCAAAGAGGCUGCGGAGAGACACAAGGCCACCGGCCAUAUGUUUCGCGAGUGGGGUGAUCACACUCAGGGUAUCCAUCAAAUCCUAGUCUGGACUGCGUUGGAACUGGAGGGCGUGGGUGCCAACCUGCAGCACAUGAAUUGUAUCCCGCCUAUUGAGGCGGCCAUCAAGAAGUUUGCGGGUGUGCCGGAGGAUUACAAACUCAAGGCCCACCUUAAUUAUGGGGAUAAGCAGGGAGCUCAUCCUGAGAGACCUAAAAAGCUGCCUAUUAAUGAGACAUUGACGAUUCUCUGA